CAUCCUGUUCGGGUCACAGCGCUUACCGGUAUUAUUAUUCAAAGCUUACAAUUGGCCACAGAGUUACGGGUCUUUUAUGCGAUAUUCGUCACUCGGUUUUCCCAUAUUCGCGAUGAAACAUCGACGAGUCGUUUGAAUAAUAUUUCGAUACAACCGAUUGAUUAUUUGUCGAUUGCUCGGGGUUAUUUAUUGAUAGCGAUUGAUAGAAUAAUGAAGAGUUGGCUUCCCCUCAAUCUUUACUUUAUCGUUAUCCUAGUGUCCGUGGGUAGGUUCGCGGAAAUCGAGCCGAUCGACGCUGUGAUGGAAAGAUCGUAUUUGUCGCUGGGGUUUCUUCUCCAUCGAACCGUUUCGGUCACUCAAAAAAGUUGCUCCUGCUCUACGACAUCUUCUUGCUCGUGUUGCCAAAGCGUAACGAUCCUGCUUCGAGGAGUUGCAAAAAAUCUCUGCGUCAACUUCGCCUACCAGCAAACUGGACUGAGCAUGAACAUCACUCUGGGCUCGAACACCAUUCGUCACGUCUCUGUAAUAGAUUACAGAGCGUUCAAAGUAUGCACUUCAAUACCAGAUUGUCGCUAUUCGUUCGCCUGCGUCGACGUUAUGGAAGUUUCCCUGUUUCCAAGAUCAAUAACGAUAUGCGCUCAACUCGACGUAAUGUCGAAGGCUGAGAACUGGGUGAUUAAUUACAACUGCAUCAGUCUCUCGACCAUUUUACAAAACCAAUCGUCAAAUGCGAGCGUCGGAACCAUGGGACCACCGAACACCACCAACACUGUACUGAAUGGUUCGACCGGGAUGCAACCAGGAGGUGGUCAAAUGCCACCUUCCCAAACCGGAACCAAUCCAUCAAAUUCCGGUCAGAUGCCUCCACCCAAUGGUUCUCCUCCUCAAAUGGGUCAAAUGCCGGAAGGUCAAAUGCCACCAGGUCAAAUGCCGGGAGGUCAAAUGCCACCAGGUCAAAUGCCGGGAGGUCAGAUGCCUCCGGGUCAAAUGCAAAGGAUGGCGAACGGUCGGGGUCCAAUGCUUCUCUCAAGAUGGAUGCGGGAAGUGAAAGAACCCGGAGAUUCGACGAGGAUGAAAAUCCGACGCUAUUCGGCAGGGAAGUCGAGAAAAGGGGUGAAAAUACCGAACGGACUACACAGACCUAUGUUACUUUUCGACAAUCUGUGGCGUCGCUCGACUCGGAGUCUGAAAAAGCCGGGUAAUGCGGCAGCAAAAAUGCAGGUGAUACUCAGAGGCAGGAAUAACGGUUUGCCGAGGAUGAUAACGAGGAAGAGCGGCGGACAUUUUGGUGCCACCGGAAUCGUGAACGGAGAAACGAUUUCGAUACCGAUGUCAGAGCCGGGAUCGGGAAACUCGAUGAAAUUCGACGUAACGCCGUCCAACAACGUGAUAUCGGCCCAGGAAUCGAUGAUCCCGGUUUUGCCACCGGGUGUUUUCGUCCUACAGAAUACGCCGUUCAUCCAGCAGGACGAACCGAUCGAGUCGGACUUCUCCGGGCAUUACGACAACAGGACGAGCAGCUUUCCCAACAGAAUUCCUCCCGGGUUUGGAAUCGUUUCCAGAAUUGGACCCGAAGAAAAUAACGAGGGAUGGAUCGUCGACAGAAGCGUCGAGGAGCUCGAGACUCCCGGACCUCGGAGUUACCUCGAUGCUAACAGCAAAAUCGUUGAAUUACCCGUAAACGAUGACUCGGAUGGAAAAAUAAUAUUUCCCGAAUGAUUGCAGUUUUUAAUUUACUAUUAUACCCUUGUUUUCUAUAUUUAAAAAACAUUUAUACAUACAUACGUUUAAUUAAUUUAUGUACAUU